AAAGCAAAACUCUACAAAGAUCAGCUUUUCUCAGCACCCUAAAACAUUUAUGUCUGCGUGAAUAAUUCAUGAAGAAUCAAGUUUCUUAUAUUGAUCAAGUUUUACCAGGAAAGUGAGAAUAUUCAUGGUAAUGAGCAGUUCCACACUGAAAUCCGUGAUUGAUUAUGCACCAUUUGCGAUAUGUUUGACUUGAUUUUUAUGUUGGGAGGUCUGCUAAUAUCUGUGAUCAACUAAAAGUUGUUGUAUUGAUCAGGUUAUAAUACCUGAACUACACUUGCAUGACAUAAAACAGUAGAUUUAUAGAGAUAGGGUCUCCCUGUGUCCCUCCACUGCUCCUCACAGGGACAACACACCUGAAUGAAGACACUCUGCCCGCUCAAGUGUUGACCUCAUGCCUUCUAAUCUCUUUAUCUGUGCUGCUCAGCUAGCGUCUAAAUGUGACAGAGAGCUAAUCUCUAUGGGAACAUUGAGUAAAAGCGUUGCAUAACCAUUCAUCUUCACAAAAGCCAGGAGAUCAACCUUAGUUUGGUCACACAGCCACGGAGUUCUCCACUCCACUCAACCUGCACACCAAAGCAUCCUGCUCAUGUGCUGCAGGUUGAAACACAUGUGCACACACGUCGUCCGUUGCAGCCUUCUGACCUUAUUUCUGCUUCCCUGGACUGAUAUUUGUCAUUUGAAGGGAUUGGGACAGACCUAAAUUAAAACAGGAUUAGAGGUCAUGACACCACCUUAAUCCUCAGUGAAGAGGAGAGAGGGUGAAGGUAGGGAUAGGUGAGCACGGUUUGUACACCUGACUGAUGUCUCAGACACAUGCCCCCCCUCCUUCCUGUCGUGUGUUCUUGGUCAUCAGUGUACAGUAUUCUGUUAGAGAGGGCAGAGAAGGAGGCUAUGACGGCACUGUUCUGCUCUCCAGGACGUUCCGCACUGAUUUUGGCACAAGCUGUGUCAGACCUCGGCGUUCUGCUGCAGAAAUGCCCGGAGGCCACUGCCAGGUGCGGAGCCCCAAGCCCCGUCACAGUAUCUACAGCCUGACAGACAGCUCUGAUGUUGGCCCAGAGGAAGAGGAGGUCGACGACGUCAUGCCCCGCCUCACCCCCCUGGAGAAGCUCACCACCGACAUGUGCAAGGACGAAACUACCAUCAAGGAGCUGAUCAUAGGCCGCAGGGUGGGCUUCUACAAGGUCCGCGGGGAGAUUGGCUGCGGGACCUUCUCCAGGGUCAAACUGGCUUUCCAUGCUCUGACUAAAGACAAAGUGGCUCUGAAGAUCCUGGAUAAGACCAGGUUGGACUCUCAGGCCCAGCGUCUGCUCUCCAAGGAGAUCCACAGCAUGGAGCUCCUCCAGCACCCCAAUGUGGUCCAACUGUACGAAGUGGUGGAGACGCCGAGUCGCCUCUACCUGGUGUUGGAGUAUGCAGGAGGAGGAGAUCUCCACAACCGCAUCUGCAGCGAAGGAAAACUAUCUGACAGCGCCAGCAAGAUCACCUUCGCUCAGGUCCUUUCUGCCAUCAAAUAUAUGCACAACAUGAACGUCAUCCACCGGGACCUGAAGGCGGAGAACGUUCUGUUCACCUGCAGCGGCUGCCUAAAGGUGGCAGACUUUGGAUUCAGCACGCAGGUUUCAAACCGCAGUGACGCUCUCGACACCUUCUGUGGCUCGCCGCCCUACGCCGCCCCAGAGCUCUUCAAAGACGAGUCCUACCUUGGUCCCCCAGUGGACGUGUGGGCCAUGGGGGUCCUGCUUUUCUUCAUGGUGACCGGCACUAUGCCAUUCCGCGCUGACACCAUGGGGAAGCUGCGGCGCAGCAUCAUCGAGGGCGCCUUCACUGUCCCUCCGUGGGUACCUGGCCCCUGCCAGAGACUCAUCAAGGGCAUCUUGAAGCCGGUUCCCACUGAGCGUUACGCCCUUGACCAGAUGCUGGGCUGUGAUUGGCUCUUACCCGUAGAAUUUCCCUGGUUGAUGUUACCUUCUGAACCAGAGAGUCCUGUGGGGAGCCUGCUGGACUCGGAGGGCCUGGAUGAGGAGGAAGAGGAGGAGGUCAGGAGCUCACUGGAGGAGCUAGGCUUCACCACGGAGCACCUACGGAACAAUCAGCUCAAAGAUAGCCGCAGCCCCAUCACCGGUGUUCAUCGAAUCCUGCUGCACCGAGCCCGGAAGAGGAGGGGCUGUGACAGCCUCCCUGUGGUCCGAGGUAUGGUCAGGGACCCCAAGAGGGAAGGGCUCCGGGCCUACAGGGGCCUCAGACACUCCUCCAAAUUGUGUGUGGUUUCAUAACAGACUGGUAGAGAGUUAUUCUACAGACUUCUUUUAUACAAACACAAACAUAGUAGUGGUAGUGUUUUUUUAUUUAUUUAUGUUUUACAUUCUUUAUUGGAAAGUCAUUUUCCACAGUUUGUAGAUUUUGAUACAUUUGUUUUAUUUUGUUUCGGGAUAGCCUGAGGUGAAUGUAAAAGUGCCUGAAGACAUGAAACAAAAAUAAAGGUGGU